AUGUCCCUGCAGCUGAUUCGCAGCUUCAUCGCCAACAUCUUUGUGUCGCCAUUCCACGUUCCACGCGUCAUACUCGCCCAACUUCGCAACACUCUCCAAGCCAGCUCGACCGACGCAAUGCCGCCGCCCAGAUUCUACCACGACGACGAAGCCUGGAAGGAUGUUGAGCCUCUCCCGCAGGACGACGGCGGAAUGCACCCGCUCGCAGCCAUUGCAUACACGGAGGAAUACAGCGAGGCUAUGGGCUACUUGCGCGCGGUCAUGGCGAGCAACGAGUUUAGCGACAGAGUGCUGGGGCUCACAGAACACAUCAUCAACAUGAACCCGGCGCACUACACAGUUUGGUUGUACCGCGCAAAGACAAUCUCAGAGCUCGGCAAACCACUGCAAGACGAAAUCAAGUGGCUGAACCCGACUGCGCUCAAGCAUCUCAAGAACUACCAGAUAUGGCACCACCGCCAGACCAUCAUCGAUGCACUCGGCUCGCCCGAAGGAGAGGCCGACUUCGUCAGCAAGAUGCUCGAGAAAGAUGAGAAGAACUACCACGUCUGGAGCUACAGGCAGUGGCUGGUCCAGCGCUUUGAUCUGUUCGACAAGCCGGAAGAACUCGAGUGGACCGAGAGCAUGAUCGAUGCAGACGUCAGGAACAACUCGGCCUGGAACCACCGCUACUAUCUGGUCGUUGGCGGUCGUGGAGGCAAUGCUCCAAGUGAGCAUGUGACGAAGCACGAGAUUGCAUACACUAAGGAGGCUAUUCGCAAAGCACCUCAGAACCAGAGCUCGUGGAACUACCUGAUGGGUAUCCUCCGCGCUGCUCAGCUGCCAAAAUCGACCGUCAAGGACUUUGUAACCGAGUUUGCAGACAUAGAAUCGCCGGAUGAUGUCUACUCCAGCCAUGCGCUCGACUUGUUAGCAGACAUCUAUGCAGAAGAAGAGAAUAACAAGGAGUCAGCAGAGAGAGCUUUGGAUCUGUUGGCGACCAGAUACGACCCUAUCAGAGCCAACUACUGGAACUACAGGAAGGGUCUGCUGAGCCAGCCUGAAGUUGCAGCUUGA